AUGAAGACCAAGUUCUGCAACGGGGGCGAGGCGGAGCCCUCGCCGCUCGGGCUGCUGCUGAGCUGCGGCAGCGGCAGCGCGACGCCGGCGCCGGGCGUGGGGCAGCAGCGCGACGCCGCCAGCGACCUGGACUCCAAGCAGCUGGGCGGCCGGCAGCCCCCGGCGCUGCCCCCGCCGCCGCCGCCGCCCGCCGACGAGCAGCCGGAGCCGCGGACGCGCCGCAGGGCCUACCUGUGGUGCAAGGAGUUCCUGCCCGGCGCCUGGCGCGGCCUCCGCGAGGACCAGUUUCUCAUCAGCAUCAUCAGGGGCGGCCUCAGUAACAUGCUGUUCCUGUGCUCCUUACCGGACACGGUGGCCACCGUCGGCGACGAGCCCCGGAAAGUGCUCCUCCGCCUGUACGGUGCGAUCUUAAAGAUGAGGUCCUGUAAUAAGGAGGGAUCCGAACAAGCUCAGAAUGAAAAUGAAUUUCAAGGCGCCGAGGCCAUGGUUCUGGAGAGCGUCAUGUUCGCCAUUCUCGCGGAGCGGUCGCUCGGGCCGAAGCUCUACGGCAUCUUCCCGCAAGGCCGCCUGGAGCAGUUCAUCCCGAGCCGACGAUUAGAGACUGAAGAAUUAAGUUUGCCAAAUAUUUCUGCAGAAAUAUCUGAGAAAAUGGCCACGUUUCAUGGUAUGAAGAUGCCAUUCAAUAAGGAACCGAAAUGGCUUUUUGGCACAAUGGAAAAGUACCUGAAUCAAGUGCUGAGAAUUAAAUUCACCGAGGGAGCCAAGGUGAAGCAGCUGCACAAAUUCCUCAGUUACAACCUGCCCUUGGAGCUGGAGAACCUGAGAUCAUUGCUUGAAUCCACUCCAUCUCCAGUUGUAUUUUGUCAUAAUGACUGUCAAGAAGGUAACAUCUUACUGCUGGAAGGGGGAGAGAAUUUGGAAGAGCAGAAACUGAUGCUCAUCGACUUUGAAUACAGCAGUUAUAAUUACAGGGGCUUCGACAUUGCGAACCAUUUCUGUGAGUGGAUGUAUGAUUACAACUAUGAGAAGUACCCCUUUUUCCGAGCGAACCUGGGGAAGUUCCCCACCCGGAAGCAGCAGCUCCAUUUUAUUUCCAGUUACUUGGCUGCAUUCCCACAUGAGUUUGAAAACCUCAGUAAUGAAGAAAAGUUCAUUAGAGAAGAAGAAAUGCUGGUUGAAGUCAAUAGGUUUGCCCUCGCCUCCCACUUCUUCUGGGCGCUGUGGUCCAUCGUGCAGGCCAAGAUCUCCUCCAUCGAGUUCGGCUACAUGGACUACGCCCAGGCGAGGUUUGACGCCUAUUUCCACCAGAAGAGGAAGCUGGGGGUGUGA